AUGGAACAAUGGGGUAAACUUCCAUCUCAAGCCGAGAAGAAUCCUAAUAUGAAUGCAAUAAAUUUGAGAAGGGGGAAAUCUCUUGGAGAAAGAAACCUCAAAAGAGCCUCAAGAGAAGAAGAAAAUGAGGUUAUUGUUGUUGAACCUACAAAGGUGGUAAUUCCUCCAAAGGAACCCAUCUGGGAUGAAGAUAUCUGCUCUCCACCGUGUGCCGUCGCCCCCCAUGUGAAACCUUCGACCGGUGACCUUCGCACCCUACAGUUACAGGUUCUUCCUUCCACCGACCUUCGCACCCUACAGUUACAGCUCUUGGAUCCAACCAACCUUACAAAUCUUUUCCCUAUCACCAAGUUCCUUGGAUUGUUAGCUACUGGAACUACAGCUGAUGCAAAGACAUUGGUUCCACAGGCAAGAAAUGAAGCAGCUGAGUUUCGUUGUAAAUAUGGCUAUGAGAUGGUUGUUUAUGUAUUAGCAAGAUGGAUUGCUGACAAAUCACAAGUUUAUACUCAACAUGCUUACAUGAGACCACUUGGAGUAGUGGCUAUGGUGUUGGAUAUUGAUGAUGAGAAUGGGUCUAAACUCUUCAAAUGUGAUCCAACAGACUGCAAUUUCUGCUUUGCAAUGAUGCAAUCUGUUCUACAAGAAGACUUCAAGGCCAAUGAGAUUGAGGUUGGAAUUGUGAGAAAAGAGAAAGCAAACGAUAGUCUCGAGAUUUUGUGA